UAUUUACCUUCUUAAGUACCACUAAUCAUGCAAAGGCCCUAACCUUAAAAGGAACUCUUGAUUUCCACAAAAAAUUAGCUGGAUAAAAGACCUGUAGUUCACUUUUUAUUUUGAAUUUUUCAUUGUGAAAUACACAGAAAAGUGGGCCAACUUUAUCAUUUUCUCCACGCACCUUUGUCUACCAGUUAUACUAAUACAUGCCAACACACAUCAUGUUUCAAACAUCCCAAAAAAGGAUUGAAACUACCAUUUAUGGAAUGCUAUCACCCGGAAGUGUUAAUCCAGAAGAGUAAAUAAACCUCCUAAUACUGAAAAAUCUCCUAAUAAUACUAGAGUAGAGAGAGCUUGGAUCAGAUAUCACAACAGCAAUGGCCAAGUUAGAAGUGAGCAGCAAAAGGGUGAUGCUGAGAAACUAUGUCACUGUUUUUCCGCAAGAGACAUACCUAGAGUUGAGCCAGGGAACCAUAGUUUUGAAGGUUCCACAAGGAUCCAAUGCAAUUCUGGUCAAGAAUCUCUACUUGUCAUUCGAUCCAUUUAUGCGCUAUUGUAUGCAAAAAGGUGAAGAUGGUAACUUCAAGUUCUUUAAACCCGGUUUAGUAAGUAUCCUCUCAAGUAUUAUAUCAAAUUGUUGGCAUCAAAAACUCAGAAUCAUUCAUGUAGUUCUAUAAACAUUACGAGCUUUUAUCAUCACAUCUGUUCACCGAAUGAUAGUAUAAAAAAAAAAACACAUUCAUAGGCCAUAACUGGAUAUGGAGUAGCUAGAGUUCUGGAUUCUGGGGACCCAAAUUUCAGGGAAAGUGACUUGAUUUGGGGGACGACUGGAUGGGAAGAAUACAGCCUCAUUACAACUUCCUCCAUCCGCUUUAAGAUCCAACACACUGAUGUGCCCCUCUCUAAUUAUACAGGAUUUUUUGGUAAGGUUUUUACCUGCAAUCUCUUGCAACUAUGUAUAGGGUACUGUUUAUCGAAAACCUUAUCUGACUUAUCAUGAAUUGUUCAAGGUUCAAGCUGUCUCUGUAAAAUCUUGGUUGGCUUUCACUUUGUUGCAUCACAGGAAUGCGAGGUAUAACUGCUUAUGCCGGUUUUUAUAGAUUUGUUCCCCUAAAAAGGGAGAGCAUGUCUUUGUUUCAGCAGCAUCUGGUGCAGUUGGUCAGUUUGCAAAGUUGGUGGGUUGCUACGUUGUUGGAAGUGUUGGGAAGUAAAGAAAAGGUUGAUCUGCUGAAGAACAAGCUUGGUUUCAAUGAAGCUUUCAAUUAUAAAGAAGAGCAUGAGUUGGAUGCAGGUUUGAAAAGGUGCUUCCCUGAAGGCAUUGAUAUCUACUUCGAUAAUGUUGGCGGAAAGAUGCUUGAUGCAGUACUCCUCAUCAUGAGAACCCGUGGUUGUAUUGCCGCAUGUGGGAUGGUUUCACAAUACAACCUUGAGCAGCCUGAAAGCAUCAAGAAUUUGUUUAGUAUCAUUUCUAAGCAAGUCUGCAUACAAGGAUUCGUGUCCCAUGAACAAUAUCACCUCUAUCCCCAAAUGUUGGACACCCUACUGCCUUACAUCAGAGAGGGGAAACUAGUGUACGUGGAAGACAUAGCUGAAGGACUUGAGAGAAGCCCUGCAGCUCUGGUAGGACUGUUCAGUGGUCGUAACGUGGGAAAACAAGUAGCUGCAGUUGCUCAUGAAUGAUUUGCCUUCAUCCUCAUCUCCAAUUUGAAUGAAGGAAUGUCAAGCAUUGUCUAAUAAGGGCUUAGAGCUCACUAUCAACCCCAAAAGGGUCUAUGAAGAAGUUUUAAAACCUAAAGCAAGAAAGGAAGUGUUUUUAAAUAUGCCAGCAUAGUACUGGAGUGAAAUUUACAUCAAAUCAAUAAGGUUGCACUGAGAUACAGUGCAGUAAUUUAGUGAUUUUUACUAAUCAUCAUAUUCCAGAUGAUUGCCAUUA